AUGCAAAGAGCACUCCAAGAUAUUACAAACAUCAAAAACACAAACAUUAAGAUCACAAUUAAGCGUGAAGCCCAAGCUCUAAGAAGGGAAAUAUUAAGGCCGUAUUGGGAGUAUUUGGAUACCUUUUACAGGCACAUGGACGGCCGACUUUGGGGUCGUGGCGAGCUGAAACAACAGUAUACAGGUGAGGUGAGUUUAGAAAUGAGAAGUACGUUAGUGGAAUGGAUGUACGAAGUGAAGACCGACUGUUUAUUAAGUAGUUCAGCCUUUCAAAUUGGUGUGCGUUUAGUGGAUGGGUAUGCCAUGAAAAGUCUCUUGAGUCGACGGACGUUUCAGUUACUGGGUAUUGUUUGUUUGUAUAUUGGACAGAAAGUAGCAGAUACAAAGAGGUGUCGGGCUAGUGUGUUUGUAGGUCUAUGUGAUGGUGCGUAUACUAAAGAGGAGUUUAUUGCUAUGGAGCGGAAGGUGCUCAUGGAAAUGGCAUUUAGUACGAAUUACUUGCUACCAUUGCAAGUGAUUAAAACGGACUAUUUAGGAGUGGGCAAUGCCCUGUGUGCGUUUGCGGCUGAGGCAAUCUUAUUAGAUGCAGAGUAUGGAUCAAGUCGACCCACCGAGCUAGCUCAGUAUAUUGAAGAGAACGUCAGCGAGAUAGUUAAUGGCCGAUCGGGUGACGGGUCCUUUAUGACCAUGCUGAGGGAAGCCAAAGGGAUGUUAGAUGUUCAACCGCGGCGAAUUAAGGAUGCUAUAGAGCGGUCAAGACGGCCCAGCUGGUCACUAUGA